CGCAACCCCUCUAGUCUAGCCACCGCUGGCGCUCUUGUGCUCUAUGGUGGCGGCCGCGCGUGAGGAGUUGGAGGAUGGGGGACGGCUCGAGCCCCAUCAGCGUCAUCCUGGUCAGCUCCGGCAGCCGCGGAAACAAGCUGCUCUUCCGCUUCCCGUUCCAGCGCGGGGCCGCCAACCCGGCCGCCCAGACCGGGAAGCCCCGGAGCCGGUACGCUGUGAGCAGCAUCGGGGAGAGUGUGGAAGACCCCGAGGGGGACGCCAGAGAGCCAUGUCCUCUCACUGAGGAGCAGGUAGUGGAUGGGUUUUCAGAUGUCAUCCUGGCAACGAUUCUAGCCACUAAGUCGGACAUGUGUGGCAAGAAGUUUGAGUUGAAGAUCGACAACGUCCGCUUUGUGGGCCACCCUACGCUGCUGCAGCAUGCCUUUGGGCAGAUCUCCAAGACAGACCCCUCCCCAAAGAGAGAAAUGCCCACCAUGAUCCUGUUCAACGUUGUCUUUGCCUUGAGGGCCACGGCUGACCCUUCAGUCAUCAGCUGCCUGCAUAACCUCUCCCGUCGCAUCGCCAUCGUUCUGCAGCACGAGGAGCGCCGCUGCCAGUACCUCACCCGAGAGGCCAAACUCAUCCUGGCCAUCCAGGAUGAGGUCUCGGCCAUGUCCGAAGCCCCAGAGGGCCCCCAGUCGCCCUUCCUCCACAUCCUGCCCAAGUGCAAGCUGGCCAGGGACCUCAAGGAAGCUUUUGACAGCCUCUGCACGACGGGGGUGGUCCGGCUGCACAUCAACAACUGGCUGGAAGUGAGCUUCUGCCUCCCUCACAAGGCCUAUUUCAUCCCACCUGAGGCCAUCGAGAGGAGCCUGAAAGCUAUCCGGCCGUACCAUGCCCUGCUGCUGCUGAAGGACGAGAAGUCCCUCCUGGGCGACCUCCCGCUAGACUGCUCCCCAGCCCUGGUGCGUGUCAUCCGUACUGCCUCUGCUGUGAAGAACCUGCAGCAGCUGGCCCAGGAUGCCGACCUUGCCCUGCUCCAGGUGUUCCAGCUGGCGGCACACCUGGUCUACUGGGGGAAAGCCAUCAUCAUCUACCCACUGUGCGAAAACAACGUCUACAUGCUCUCCCCCAACGCCAGCCUUUGCCUUUACUCUCCUCUGGCGGAGGACUUUGCCUGCCAGUUCCCUGGCCAUGACCUGCCCUCCGUCCUCUCCAAGUUCUCCUUGCCGGUCUUCCUGUCAGACUUCAAGGACCCCCUGGCUCCCCCGGUGCAGGAGACACAGCUCAUCCCGAUGGUGGUCUGGAUGCUUCAGCACCGGCUCCUGAUCCAGUUGCACACUUACGCCUGCCUGAUGGUGCCCCCGAAGGAGGAGGACCACCGGCCCAGAGUGGAGGAGCCCCCCUUUGCCGCCCGGGUUGGGGGACGGAGCCUCAGUACCCCCAACGCCCUCAGCUUUGGCUCCCCGACUAGCAGUGAUGACAUGACGCUCACCAGUCCCAGCAUGGACAACUCCAGCGCAGAACUGCUGCCCGGAGGAGAUUCCCCUGUGAACAAGCGCAUGACAGAGAACCUGCUGACCAGUCUUUCCGAGCAUGAGCGCGAGGCUAUCCUCAGUGUCCCUGCCGCCCACAACCCCGAGGACCUGCGCACCUUUGCCAGGCUUCUGCACUACUUCCGGGGGCGACACCACCUGGAGGAGAUCAUGUACAACGAGAACAUGCGCCGUUCCCAUCUCCUGAUGCUCUUUGACAAGUUCCGCAGCGUCCUGGUGGUAACCAACCACGAGGACCCUGUCAUCUCCGUCUUCCAGUCCUUCCAAAAGUGAGAAGUGAACCCUGCCCUCCGGGGCCUUGUGGGUGACACCGGAGCACCCCUCUUUCCCUGAGUGGACAAAGGGAUUGGGGCAAAGACAUGCCGGUGACGAGGACACCGGAGCCUGGCCCACCGGGUGGUGAUGGCUGUUCCUGUUUGUGCCGGUGUCCUUUCUGGCUGUGUUGCUGCUCCAUGGCGGACACCAGCCCAGCAGUGCGGCCAGUCCCCAGAGGACUGAGAAAGACAUGUUGCUGUGCCUGCUCAAGGCCCAAAGCCAUUCAUUCACCUUUGGAGGAAAUGCCUCCCUUGGAAGCCCAGUUGCAACAAUACACUCACAAUGCUUUCUGCCAA